AUGUAUCUCUCGAACCACCCCACUAAAGAAGAAGCCUCCAAGUACGUUGCAUCGCAAAUAAUCAACCGAAUCAACACUUUCAACCCCACUCAAAAUCGAAAAUUCGUAUUGUGUCUACCGACUGGAAGUACGCCUUUGCUCGUAUAUAAGGAAUUGGCUAGGAGAUGCGAAAAGGGUGAAAUCAGUUUUGAGCAUGUCAUCACUAUAAAUCUCGAUGAAUAUGUUGGAUUGAGUUCGGAUCAUCCGCAGAGUUAUUAUCAAUUCAUGGAAGAGAACUUUGAUAUCCCCUCAAACCAAUUCCACCUCUUACCUGGCCUACCCAUUCCACCCCACACAACCCCCCAAGAGUUCUGCGCAUCGUACGAGAGUCUGAUCACUGCCCUUGGGGGUAUACAGCUCCUGUUCAUGGGUAUAGGUGAGAAUGGUCAUAUAGCAUUUAACGAACCCUGUUCGAGCUUUAGGGGAAGAACGAGGGUCGUGAAGUUGAAUGAGGGGACCAGGAAAGUAAAUGCCAGGUUCUUCGAUGAUCCAAGUGAAGUACCCACCCACGCCCUUUCGAUGGGAAUCGGCACGAUUCUCGAUUCCCAGGAGAUAGUCGUCUUGGCAAUUGGCCACAAGAAGGCAGAGGCAGUAAGAAAGGCCAUGGAAGAUGGGGUAAACCACUUGUGCCCCGCUUCGGCAUUGCAAUUACAUGACAACGUCAUUCUCGUCACUGACGAAGAAGCUAGUCAAAAUCUGAGAAAGACGGUCAAAGAUUAUCUUACUUCCCAAAUCCCAUGCCAACGGUGUUCUAUGAUUUCAUCCAUUGGACGACCUGAUGUUAACAGAGAUUAUCAAACAUCUGGUAUUGAAGGUAGAGCGAUCAAUUCUGACCAAGAUACUGAUCCAAUGAAACAAGUCGAUAAUUCUGAUAUAACCUUACUUUCCCAAGGCAAGAUCAAAAUCGAUGAGAAGUUGGAUAAUAAAGGUAAUGAUGAUGAUCAAGGCGAUCAGGAUUGUAAUUCUCUCUGA